CAGGAAGCGUAGCUUUCAGCCAAGUGACAGCCAACUUGAAUGUCAGGACUUGCACAAACCUAUGAAAUACUCGUGAUUUUGAUCUAAUAUGCCCCUUUUCUCAUUGUAGUUUAUUGUAGCAGACGGUAUCUUUUUCGGUAUGUUUCGUGCUGCAAUUAAAACGCUUUCUGUUGGAUCGCGUUGCUCUCUUUCCCCAGGGCUGUCUGAAAUUCGGCAUUAUUGCAGGAAGACACCAAUUAAAGUACAAGUAUCUGAAGCUUUAUCUGGUGUAGCACUUGGAGAUGUUACUAUCCAGGGAUGGGUCCGCUCAGUCAGAUCUCAGAAAGAAAACCUCUUUUUCCAUGUGAAUGAUGGGAGCUCAUUGCAGUCUCUGCAGAUAGUUGCCCCGUCUGAUCUAAGCAACCCGUUGUUAACUUUAGGCAGUGCUGUUGAAGUCAGGGGAGUCCUAAAGAAAAGUCCACUCCCAAAACAACCUUUUGAGGUAGAAGCUGAAGACAUUCAGAUUGUUGGAGAGUGUAACUCUGUGGAGUUUCCCUUCAAAAUCAAAAAGAGGCAUAGUCCAGAGUAUGUUCGCCAGUUUCCACAUCUGCGAUGUAGAACUAAUUCCUUUAGCUCCUUAUUGCGGAUAAGAAGUGAAGCUACUGCAGCUAUACACUCUUAUUUCAAGGAACAUGGGUUUGUACAGAUCCACACUCCAGUGAUCACAUCUAAUGACUGUGAAGGAGCCGGGGAGCUCUUCCAAGUUGAAGCAACAUGUCCACAGGAUUCAGAAGAUCACAAAUUCUUUUCUGUGCCAGCCUAUCUCACUGUGUCUGGUCAGCUUCACUUAGAAGUUAUGUCAGGAGCAUUUUCUAGAGUUUACACUUUUGGCCCAACAUUUCGUGCUGAAAACUCUCAGAGCAGACGUCACUUGGCUGAGUUUUACAUGGUGGAGGCUGAGAUCUCAUUCACACAGUCUGUCGAGGAUCUGACUAAGGUCAUGGAGGACAUGUUCAGAUCAGCCACAGAGCAGGUCUGGGCUCAGUGUGCAGAAGAUGUGGAUGUAUUUUACAAACAUGUGACUCCAGGACACAGGGAAACUGUAGAGGCUAUGCUUAACAGAAAGUUUACAAUUAUUUCAUAUAGUGAUGCUAUAGACAUCUUGCAGCGCAGCUCAGAGGAUUUUGUAUUCCCUACAGAUUGGGGCUCCGACCUUCAAACUGAACAUGAAAAGUACCUGGUAAAACAUUGUGGCAACCUACCCAUCUUUGUCACUGAUUAUCCCUAUGACAUAAAGCCAUUUUAUGCAAGGGACAACCAGGAUCAUCCUCAGCAUACAGCAGCUGCAGUGGAUCUGCUGGUGCCAGGAGUUGGGGAGCUCUGCGGUGGCUCCCUCCGAGAGGAGAGGCUCGAUUUGCUCACAACGCGGCUGGAGGCAGCCGGAUUGGAGGAAACUUACAGCUGGUAUCUUGAUUUAAGGCGUUUUGGCUCUGUUCCUCAUGGUGGCUUUGGAAUGGGGUUUGAAAGAUAUCUGCAAUGCAUCCUGGGAAUUGACAACAUCAAAGAUGUGAUUCCUUUCCCUAGAUUUUCACAAUCUUGUCUUCUGUAACAAUUGAAUAAAUGUAUUAUUAUUUCUUUUA